CGCGACGUUUCAAUGGAGCGUGAAGCGUCGCAGCGCUGGGCGCGCCAGCGCUACGAACAUGGCCACACGGCCACGCUGCAGACCAUGCGCCGCAACGACGCCCGCGUCGCCGACCUCGACGUUCAUUGUUUUCUCGGCCAUGAAGACCGACGCUUUCUGCACGGACAGGCAGAGCAGUCGCAGUUGCCAGCGCGGCAGGUGCUUGCGUCGCCGCUGACGCUGACGCGGGCGAUCGAAUUCGGUGACUUGACAACGCUUCGAGCCUACCUGCGCGCGGGGGCGAGUGCGAAUGGCGUCAAUUCGGCGGGCGAGACACUGCUCCACGUGGCUGUGCUGCACGAGCGCUUGCCGAUUGUGCAGCUCCUGCUCGAAGACGGCGCCGACCCCAACGCACGGAGCUACUCGACACCGCGGGCUCGGUUCUUGAACACGGUCGGUGACGUGGACGUGUGCUUGGCAACCGCGGCCGGCGCCACGCCGCUGCAUUAUGCAUGCGGCCUCGCCAAUCUCAAGCUCGUCAAAAUGCUACUGCUUGCCGGCGCCGUCGCCAGCGUCAAUGUGGGCAAUUGCGAGCUCUGCCAGCCACCACUCGUGUGGGCACUGCGCGCGCCGCAGCACCAAGUGGCCCUGAUCGCGCUCUUGGUGACGCAUGGCGCAUCGGCCAUCGGACACGCGGGACGUCGAUGACAAACAAAUGCGAUUGCGCUUGACGUGCAGCACUACGUUGGAGAGCGCGAUGGGCGGCAAAUUGCAACAGAUUGUAUCGGCGCUCGUAGACGCGGGCGUCGACGUCCAGCACAAGAACGGAUGCGGCUGGACCGCGUACGACGAGGCACCGACGCCAGCGAUACAAGCCAUGCUUCACAGCCGCUUUGGCGCGACGUCCGGGCGGCGCCAGGACCCCAUCGGCGCUUUGCAAGUCGACAAUGUCGAGACGCAGCGCGCCGAGGGUCAGCCCUGGCUCCGACGCCCUGGACGCCACCACCGAUCGACCCCCGCGGCGUAGCUGCUAAAAGCACCGUAAACUAGCUGGCGCACCCCCUGUCGUCGAAUCCAAGCACGUGGCUAGAUGUUAGUUCCAUAGACGUGUGGGUUGC